UCUGAAAUCCAAUUCUUCCUCUAUUGUCUGAAAUCUUAGCUAUGAUACACAAGCGGUCAGACCAGUACAGUUUUGGGGUGAUAAUUUGGGAAACGAAUGUACUCCAUUGAAGGGAAUCUGCAGCGAUGAACAUAUCAAACAAUCCAGCAAGCAGGUAGACAUCGUUCUUCGGACCUUCUUGCAGCUUUGUACAAAGAUGUGAAGCAGACAGUUUAAAACAAUCUUCAGAAGAAUUAGAAUUAGAAAAGAAUUAGGUAUAUACAGGAGCUUUCUUCGCCAUGCAUGCCGUUGCUAUCGUCUCAUGUCGGGGAGGUCGUCAUGCCUUGCUUAGUAGUCGCAAGCAGAGACGCUCACAGUGGUGGUGACAGUGACAGUGACCACGUUAGAGCCCGAGCCGGAGCCGGAGCCGGCGACGGGGGCGCUGGUGAUCUGGGGAGAAGAGCCUCCCUCAGCGGCAGUGCCGCUGGGGGCAGGAGAGCCCUCAGUUUGAGUAGCAACAGGGAUAACAGUCUCGGUAACGAGGGUAUCGCAAGGAGUGGUGUUGGAUUCAGCGCUGGCUCCCUCAGGAACAGUGCUGGAAGUGGGGACAGCAGGAACGCUGGCGACACCAGAGGGAGCCUCACCGCCAGCAGCACCGCCAGAAGGAGCGGCACCGGAGCCACCCGCAGUCUGGGUAGCAACAGGAACGACAGUCUCGCUGAUAGAUGUCUCGCAAGGAGAGGCAGAGGCUUCACCACCGGCUCCACCAGCAGCAACGCCAGCGGGAGCAGUGGGGACAGAACCACCCUCAGUGUUGGUAGCGACAGGGAUAACGGUCUCGCUAACAAUGGUGUCACAAGGAGUCGUGGCAGAAUCAGCGCUAGCACCGCUAGGAGAAGCACCGUUGGGGCUGCCGGAGCCGGAGCCGGAGCCGGAGCCAGAAGCAGAGCCGGAGCCAGAAGCAGAGCCGGAACCAGAGGCAGAGCCGGA